CCCGCGACUCCGCCAUUACUCCGCGGCAUCACGCAGGCAGGCAGGCAGGCUAGCCGUGCUCCCUCCCGUCUCUUCUCUCCUCUCCCCCAAAGAGGUCAAAGACACAGGGAGAGGACUCCUCCGCAUCUGCAUCCGUCCUCCUCCGCGCGCACGAAUUCGAGAGGGAGAGGAGCGGUAAUGGGGAGGGCUCCGUGCUGCGAGAAGAUGGGCCUCAAGAGGGGCCCCUGGACGCCGGAGGAGGACAAGAUCCUGGUCGCCCACAUCCACAGCCACGGCCACGGCAACUGGCGCGCGCUGCCCAAGCAAGCCGGCCUGCUGCGGUGCGGCAAGAGCUGCCGGCUCCGGUGGAUCAACUACCUGCGGCCGGACAUCAAGCGCGGCAACUUCACCGACGAGGAGGAGCAGUCAAUCAUCCAGCUGCACCAGCUGCUCGGCAACAGAUGGUCCGCGAUUGCCGCCCGGCUGCCGGGGAGGACGGACAACGAGAUCAAGAACGUGUGGCACACCCACCUCAAGAAGCGGCUCGACCCCAGCGCGCAGGAGCAGCACGAGGAGGCCAAGAAGCGCAAGAAGCCGGCGGCGGCGGCGCGGAAGCGCGACGGCAAGGUCAAGAUGAGGAAGCUCGACGCGCUGACCGCCAAGGCGGCGCCCGUGCUGUCCUCGCCCGAGCGCUCCGUCUCGUCCACGGUCACCGAGUCGACGUCCACGGCCUCGGCGGCGGCGGAGCAGCACGGCAACUCGGGCAGCUCCGCGUCCGCCUCCGCGUCCGUCAAGGAGGAGUGCUUCACCUCGUCCGAGGAGUCGGAGGAGUUCCAGAUCGACGAGAGCUUCUGGUCGGAGACGCUGUCCAUGCCGCUGGACGACAUCAACGACGUCUGCAUGGAGCCCCACGACGCGUUCGGCAAGCCC